UCUCUCUCUCUUUCUUUUCUACGGAGUACUUUGGAAGAGGACCACAAAAGGGUUUUACAUAAAAAAGAAAGGCAUUAUAUUCAUCAGUUCAUCAGAUCGAUCAGCUGGAAUCCCAUCACUCCCAAUAAGGAGAUAGAAAGCCAAACAGUCCCUACACUCCAAUAUUCAUUCACCUCAGGUAGAGGAAUUGAUCUGAGCUAGAAAUUAAUUAAAAAUUGAUGGCUCGAGAGAAGAUAAAGAUAAAGAAGAUAGAUAACAUAACGGCUCGGCAAGUGACAUUCUCAAAGAGGAGAAGAGGGCUUUUCAAGAAAGCUCAAGAACUCUCUGUGCUCUGCGAUGCUCAGAUCGCCCUCAUCGUCUUCUCCGCUACCGGCAAGCUCUACGACUUUUCUAGCUCCAGCAUGAAGGAUAUCCUUGGAAAAUACAAGUUGCACUCUAGUGACAAUAAUGAGAAAACAAAUCUCCAACCUUCUCUUGAACUUCAGCUAGAGAACAGUCUUCAUGUGAGACUGAGCAAGGAAAUUGCUGACAAGACUCACGAAUUCAGGAUGUUGAAGGGGGAGGAACUUCAAGGGUUAAGUAUAGAAGAGCUACAACAAUUGGAAAAAAGGCUUGAAGGUGGACUAUCUCGUGUGGUCGAGACCAAGGGUGAAAGAAUUAUGAACGAGAUUUCUACCCUUCAAAGGAAGGGUGCUGAGCUUUUGGAAGAAAAUAAACAAUUGCGACAGAAAGUGGCGAUGAUCGGCGACGGGAAGUUUCCGGCGAGUGCUGACGUGGAAUGCAUGGUGGCAGAAGAAGGCAUUUCAUCGGAGUCCAUCACCACCAACGUGAACAGCUGUAGCAGUGCUCCACCUGCAGAGGAUUAUUGCUCGGAUACUUCGUUGAAAUUAGGGCUACCAUAUUACUAGCUCCUAUGAGAAUGGGAAGUUUGCACGUACAAAGGAAAUGGAGAUGGCAUUCCCGGCUUGGUUGCUGCUUCAAUCACCUAUUAAGUAUAAACCUUGUUUUAAUGAUAGAGUAUCAGCUCUAUGGCGUGCAAUUAAUUAUUUGUUUUUUAAAAUAAUUUUGUAUUGCACUCAGCUCGUAAUUAAAUAUUGCCGGUUAAGGUUCAAAUUUAAUUAUAUAUUUAUAAUAGAGAAAUAUCUUCUCGA